ACCUUAAAGCUGGCAACAUUGUCAUUGACUGUCACUGUCACAUUAACAAAUUGUAUUUUCGAGUUCAAGAAAUCCCACGUGUUUUUGUUUUAAAACUAGAGAAAAUGGCUGUAUUACAGAGAAUAAAGAAACCUACAACUCGCAGAGGUAAAAAGGUGCUUCAAGCGAAGGAACCUAAGCCAGUUGAAGGGCCAAAACAGUGCAUAUUUUUCCAAGGGCGGAAUCCCUCAGAGCGCACGAGGAAGAUUUUAAAGGAUCUCUACGAUUUAAAGAAACCCGACGCGGCACAUUUGACUCGUAAAAAUGAUUUUGUUCCAUUCGAAGAUGCGACCCUUAUUGAGAAAAUGUGCUACAAAAAAGAUGCGGCACUGUUCGGUGUUGGGUCACAUAAUAAGAAACGUCCGCACAAUGUUAUUCUUGGACGCACAUUUGACUCUGGCAUAUUGGACAUGAUAGAACUUGGAGCAGACAACUAUAAAGCCAUGUCAGAAUUCGAGAAUAUAAAAGUGCUUGCUGGCCUGAAACCAUGUUUGAUAUUCAACGGGCCAGCAUGGGAAUUAAAUGAGGAAUUAAAAAGAUUGAAAUCUUUAUUCACAGACUUUUUCCACAGAGAAACGGUUGAAACUAUCAGACUGCAGGGAUUGGAACAUGUAUUGAGUUUUACAGCAACCGAAGAAGGUUCAAUCUACUUCAGAUCUUACAGAAUCCAGCUUAAGAAGAGUGGACAACGGACACCAAGAGUUGAACUUGAAGAAAUAGGUCCGUCAAUAGAUUUCAAGCUGAGAAGGACGAAGUUGGCUUCAGAUGCUCUGUACAAGGAGGCAUGCAGGGUACCUAGAGAAUUGCGUCCUAUCACCAAGAAGAAUAUCUCACGGGAUGCCUUUGGCAGUAAAAUGGGCCGCAUUCAUAUGGGCAAACAGGAGAUCCACAAACUACAGACGCGGAAGAUGAAGGGACUGAAGAAGACACCUGCAGAAAAGAAGCAGAUGUUAAUAAAAAGAAAACAAGAAAAGAAAGCUGCGAAACAGUCUCAGAAAAUGGAUGUUUAAUAAAAUAGCUACAAGAUACUAUAA